UGAGAGUUAGCCUGACUCUAGCAAAAUCCAGGGUCAACGUAACCCAACCCAAUCAGAGCAAUUAGGAUUGGAUUGAGUUGGCAUGAACCCAACAAUGUUAAGUUGUGCUUGGAUUGAAUUUUGAAACGUAGGGUUAAAUUAGAUUUUUAAGAAACCCGGCCAACCUGAUCCUAUUUCACCCCUAGAUUCACGAUGUCCCCUCUCAUUUUCCCUAAUCUAUUCCAUCCACCUCCAUAUUUUCUCAUCCCCCAUGCCAUGCAAUUUCUCUUUAGUGUCUUCGUGAUUUUCCCUUGUAAUAGUCUGCAAUCUACUACAAGAUCAUCUUCUUCCAACUCCCCCCCCCCCCCCACCGCCAAAAAAAAACAAAAAAAUCCUCUCAUUUUUCCCAUUUCUUUUAUACUUCUUCUGGCCUAUAAUGAAGUCUUCAAAGCAAAACCACCACCAUCAAUGGGUGUGGCUAACGCGACGCAAGAAGCCCUGCCCUAGAGAGUCGAAGCAACUUUCAACGCAGCAUAUCUUGCGAGUGGAUAAUGCAUGAUCGAAAGUUUCAGUUGUCUGAACAAAUCAGAAUUGCCCAACAGGUUGGCCUCGUUUUUAAGGCUUCAACAGGUUUGCACCUAGAGAGGAUAAGAUUACAACAUCAGAAUUUCUCUUUUUAGCAAAUUUUGUUAAAUUUUGUUAUUUGUUAGGAUAGUAGUCAAUGGCUGAGCGAAAAUUUAGGAAAGAGACUCUCUGGAUUAGAGGAUCCAAAUCCACCCCCGGAUAAAAUAAUUUAACAGUAAUGAUAAUAAUAAUAGUUUGAGAAAAGAAAAUUCCAAAUGUGAAAACUUUUUUUCCAUUCACAAAUUCAUUCUUAAAUUUCCACAACAAUGUUCUUGAUGUAAUAAUCAAUCUCUGAGCACCCAUUUCCAUUCUUGUUUCUGGUAUGCUCCAAGAGUUAAGGUUUGAUUGAUUUUGAUUUUUGGAGGCUUAUGUAUGGAGUAUGCUGUAUGUUGGUUUGGAUGCCUUUCAUGCUUUAUUUUCAGUUUUUAAUCUUCUAGUAAAUUUGAUAAUCUGGUUUCGUUUUAUAUCAGAAAGAUUCCCACUUUUAUUUUAAAUUUUUUUUUUCUUUCAAAGAGUGCUGUGAAUUUUGUGGAGGUGUUAAGAUAUGGGUUUUAAUGAAAUCAGGGGCAGGGUGAUUUUGUCCAUCAGAUGUUUUUGUAGAUGGGUUGGUACUUGCUCCUUGAUUCUGGGUCUGGUUGUUUUCUUCUUCCUCCUCUAUAGAUAUAUUCCUUCUGUGUUCAGCUUUCUGCUCUCAUUUCUGCUCUCAUCCUCCCCCAUUGUUGUAUGCACCGCUGUUCUUCUUCGUGCUUUAUUCAGUUUUGGACAUCCCAAUGUCCACAAAGACAAAAAGAAAGAAAAAGAGGAAGAUGACAACUCUGCAGAAACUCCUCCUUCUCUGGGUGUGAGGAGAAGACACAUUACUGACAAGACCAAGUCUUCUGGUUUUCGUUCGCACCAUGCAGAGACCUCUGUUGAUGGGAUUCCCCAAGAUUGGGAAUCUGGACCUUCUCAGCCAUCUCAUGCAUCUCUGGAUGGCUCUUAUGCUGUCUCUGAAUGCUCAAUGGCAUCCAAUGAUGGAAGUUUUGAGAUGGAGGACGAGACAGAGAGGCUUGAAGAUGGAAUUCAACCCUUGGAAUGGACAGAAGAUGACGAAAAGAAUCUCAUGGAUCUUGGGACUUCUGAGCUGGAGAGGAACCGAAGACUAGAGAAUUUGAUCGCAAGGAGAAGGGCAACGAAGCUCUUGAGAUUGGCGGCCGAGAAGGAUUUGAUUGAUUUCGACAAUAACGAGUUCUUUCAAAUUCCUGCCAUUACAACAAAGAGAAAUGACCCUCCUCUUGACAUCUCCUACAAUCCUAUUGAUGCAAGUGAGUUACCACCAAUUCCUUGUUCGGCUCCUCCUGUUCUCUCGUCAACGAGGAACCCAUUUGAUAUUCCUUAUGACCCACAUGAAGAAAAACCAAAUCUCAUGGAAGACAGCUUCCAGGAGGAGUUCAUGUUGGUUUCGCAGAAGGAUGUUCAAUUCUGCAGGCACGAGAGCUUUUCUUUGGGUCCUUCGUCCAUUGGAGAGCCUAAGAAAGACAUACGUGACAGCAAGUUGACUCCUUUCGUAGUUACUGAACAGAUCACAUCCGAGAGUGUUUUGGGAGGUGGGUAUCCUUCCUUCACUGAAGGAAUGAAUCAUGAGAGGAGUGAUUCUGUGGUGAGCUCUGCCCCUGAAGCCAAGCCACUUUCUUUUUCGGUUGCAGAUUUGGGUGAUCAGGAAAAGUUCAUUGAACAGGAUUUGUCCGAAGGAGGCAAAAUGAUCUCCCACACCUGUUUUGUUCCGGAGAGUGUUGAACAAGAAAGCCAAGCCUCCAAUGAAGUGGUAAAUUCCAAUUUCGAGAGCAUUGAGCAAGAAGAGAACAGAGAAGUGCGAAUAAUCGAGAUACCUAGAGUGGAGAAAGAAAUUACCCAUGAAAUGGAUUCUGAAUCGACCACGUCUGACUCUGGUGAAGUUUACAUGAAACCAGAGGUACCCAGAAAGUAUGAGGGCUUGAGUUCCUCUCCAUUAAAAGAAGAAGAUGAUGGUGCUGGAAGUGAAAAGACCUUCGAUAAUAAUAAAGAUGCGGGAUUGGAAAAUCCAAGUUGCCAUGUUCCAGAGGGAACAGAUUAUAAUCAAACAGAGGAGCCAUAUUAUGAUUCAAGCCCUUCGGCAAUUGAUAAGAAAACCAGCAAAGAGAAUUUGUUUUAUGUGGACAAGGGAGUUAUCCUAACCACCGCUUGCUCCAUAGCUUCAGACUUACAGGUCGAAGUAUCACAAGCAGGCUCACCACCAGCACCACUUGAUAGGACCUUUUCACAAACAGAUGAGUAUUUCUUGGUGCAUAGUGAAGGAAGCAUUAAAGAGGAAUUGAGUUCUGGCAGUGAAUUGCCCUAUGAUGCCUCCUCUUAUCCUAGUGAUGAAGGAAAUGAAUCGAGAUCCAACCAAAUAACCAGGUGCAGCGAACUCGAAACUAGAAGAUCUGGACAGUCAGGGGACAUUGAUAAUGAAGCUGCACUGCAUGUGAUGCUGGAAACAGCAGUUGUUGAGCAAGUUUCAUCCAACUCAUCUUGGGAUUCUGUGGCUGUUGAGCAUGUCUCGAUCAAUACAAGUUCAUCAUCUUCUCCUCCACCGAUGGAUCAAAUUCCAUCAGCUACACCUGAUCCAAAUGUGCUUCUCAAUAAGAAAGAGGAAGUAGACUAUGUGGCCUGUAAUGAUUCAGAUGCUUUAUCACAUGAAGCUUCAAAUCACCCUUUCAAAGCGGAGGUGAGUUCUAGCAAUGAAGGACCGUAUGGUGCCUCCUCCCAUCCUGGUGGUGAUGAAAACGAAUCGAGAGCAAACAUAAUUAUCCAGAUCAGUGAGGUUGAAACUACAAAAGCUGGACUUUCAGGGGGCAGUGAAGAUCCAGCUGCACUAAAUUUAGUGUCAGAACCAAUGGUUGUUGAGCAAGUCUCCUCCCACUCAUUGCCAGAAUUAGAGGGAGGAGACUCUGUGGCCUGUAAUGAUUCAGAUGCUUUAUCACAUGAAGCUUUAACUUACCCUUUCGAAGGGGAGGUGAGUUCUGGCAAUGAAGGACCUUACGGUGCCUCCUCCCAUCCUGGUGGUGAUGAAAAUGAAUUGAGAGCAAGCAGAAUUAUCCAGACCAGUGAGGUUGAAACUACAAAAGUUGGACUAUCAGGAAGCAGUGAAGAUUCAGCUGCACUAAAUUUAGUGUUGGAACCAAUUAUUGCUGAGCAAGUCUCCUCCCACUCAUUGCCCGAAUUAGAUAGAGGAGACUCUGUGGCCUGUAAUGAUUCAGAUGCUUUAUCACUUGAAGCUUUAACUUACCCUUUCAAAGAGGAGGUGAGUUCUGGCAAUGAAGGCCCGCACGGUGCCUCCUCCCAUCCUGAUGGUGAUGAAAAUGAUUCAAGAGCAAGUAGAAUUAUCCAGAGCAGUGAGGUUGAAACUACAAAAGCUGGACUUUCAGGGGGCAUUGAAGAUCCAGCUGCACUAAAUUUAGUGUCAAAACCAAUGGUUGUUGAACAAGUCUCCUCCCACUCAUUGGCCGAAUUAGAGGGAAGUGACUCUGUGGCCAGUAAUAAUUCAGAUGCUUUAUCACAUGAAGCUUUAACUUACCCUUUCCAAGGGGAGGUGAGUUCUAGCAAUGAAGGACCCUAUGGUGCCUCCUCCCAUCCUGGUGGUGAUGAAAAUGAAUCGAGAGCAAACAGAUUUAUCCAGAGCAGUGAGGUUGAAACUACAGAAGCUGGAUUUUCAGGGGGCAGUGAAGAUCCAGCUGCACUAAAUUUAGUGCCAGAACCAAUGGUUGUUGAGCAAGCCUCCUCCCACUUAUUGCCCGAAUUAGAGGGAGAAUACUCUGUGGCCCGUAAUGAUUCAGAUGCUUUGUCACAUGAAGCUUUAACUUACCCUUUGGAAGGGGAGGUGAGUUCUGGCAAUGAAGGACCUUAUGGUGCCUCCUCCCAUCAUGGUGGUGAUGAAAAUGAAUCGAGAGCAGACAGAAUUAUCCAGAGCAGUGAGGCUGAAACUACAGAAGCUGGACUUUCAGGGGGCAGUGAUGAUCUAGCUGCACUACAUUUAGUGCCAGAACCAAUGGUUGUUGAGCAAGUCUCCUCCCACUCAUUGCCAGAAUCAGCGGCUGUUGAAAAAGCUCCAACAGACACAUUCUCAUCACCUUAUCCUUCCAUGGAUCAAGUUCCUCUGCACAUUUCUGAUCCAGAGAUCCCUGUUGAUGAGAAGAAAGAGAUACUACUGCCCUUGAUGCAGGAACCAAUUGUUAAGCCACCCCAAGGAGUUCAUGAAGAAUCUCAGACGCUGUUCUUGAUGGAGAAACCAUCUCUCAAUGGUGAAGAACCUCAGGAAAAAUCUACAAUUCUGAUGAAUACCACUGAAGAAACGACGAUCAUCCCAAGUAAGAAAGAGCCAGUGGUUUUCCAGAAUGAAACAGAGGACAAAGAGAAAUCAAAGCCUAGUGAAAUUCAUGAAACCUAAUCUACUCUUCACUCAAUGGUUGUUUGAUCCUUCUCUGCAACUCCCGUCAACCAGUAACACUGCAAUUCUAUGUCACACUUAUGAAGUUGGGUCAUUGCUGCUCGCAUCCUUCACUGAACUUUUUAUCUCUGACAAUGACAUAUAUCAGACUCAUCAAACAGAUGAAUAUGUUAAUUUGGUGUUCUCAUCUCAUGUGGAAAUCAUUAUAAUGAUUGGAAGCUAGUUUGAAGGUGGAAGUUCUCACAGCGAAGUAAAGUUUGAUAAACAUGUCAUUUUGGAGUUUGCUCAGUGACUACCCAGAACUGAAGGGUAACAAACUUGGAUCUCCUAUAGUUUACAUGGAAUUGACCUACUGAACCCACAAAAUUUGUAAAAUUGGUUUUCAGUUGCAAAGGAAGUAUCUUAUGUAUAUUGGGUUUAAAAAGAGCAAUCCAGUACACAAGGCUCCCCGCUACUGCAGGGUCUGGGAUGGGCAAAUGUAUACAGCCUUACCUCUUGCUUUGAAGGAGAGGCUGUUUCCAAAUUUAAACAUGUGACCAACAUGUUGGAGUA